ACUCACACCGCAGAAAAGAGUCAUUCGACUGUCGAAUAGAAAUUUUUGUGAAGGAAGACCGCCACCAGUGUAAAUAAUUUACUCGUCGUAGCCGCUAUGAUUACACGGACGUAAUCACUCGAAGUCGAAACACGCUGCGUCGCCUUCGUUUUUAAACGCCACCGUUUGCAUCAACGAACUUUAAACAUUUGAGAACCUCGUUCGCCAGUUUAGUUCAGUUCAGUUUUGCUUUCCGUUCGGAAUACGCUGGUCGUGGUUGAACUCGUUAGCCUGCAAAAAGGAAUACCCUCGAUUCGAUUUUUUAUAUUUAUUAAAUUCUUAUUUUCCUUUUUUGUAAAUCUUGAUAUUUGUUAUUUGAUCUCAUUUUUUAACCGGUGUCAACACGCAACGAUAUAUGAGAAAGCAAGAAUAUGGCUGACAUGCAAGAAAAUGUAUCUCUCCACAAACCCGCCGAAAAAAACCAUCCAGUGAUAACUAAUGUAGGAUAUGAAACGAAAAAGCACGGACACUGUGAUAUUUCGGAUUUGGUACUAGUCAAAUACAAAUGUCAAGCGAUUGGUGUUCCUGUCACGACAAGCAAUGGAUCGACACUUCCACUCGUCCCAGAAGCUGUAACCGAUACAGAAUCUGGAUAUGAUCCUUUUCAACACAGACGAGUUCCACAUUCUACGACCAAUUUCGAAACGUUGAUACACUUAUUGAAAGGAAGUUUAGGCACCGGAAUUCUGGCCAUGCCUCUUGCUUUCCGAAACGCAGGAUUAUUCUUUGGUUUAUUUGCAACAUUUGGAAUAGGAUUUAUUUGUACAUAUUGUAUUCAUGUAUUGGUUAGAUGUUCUUACAUAUUAUGUCAAAGAAUGAAAGUUCCUUCUUUAACUUUUGCUGACGUAGCUGAAAAUGCAUUUUUAACUGGGAAACCAUCAUUGCGAAAAUAUUCAGGUUUUGCCAGAGGACUCGUUGACUUAUUUCUAUGUGUGGAUUUACUAGGUUGUUGUUGUGUCUAUGUUGUAUUUGUAUCAAAAAAUUUGAAACAAGUUGCUGAUUUUUACGAUUACAAAUUCGAGUUAAGCUUAUGGAUGUUUAUGUUAUUGAUUCCGUUGGUUUUAUUAAAUUUAAUUCGAAAUUUAAAGUUCCUUGCUCCAUUCUCAAUGAUAGCUAAUGUAUUAACCGGUGCAGCGAUGGCUAUCACGUUUUAUUAUAUUUUCUACGGUGGCUUGCCCUCUAUUCACGAACGUGAGCCAGUCGCAGAGUGGCAUUGUCUACCGUUAUUCUUUGGAACUGCUAUAUUCGCCCUCGAGGGUAUCGGAGUGGUCAUGCCUCUUGAGAAUAAUAUGAAAACCCCUCAACAUUUCUUAGGAUGUCCCGGCGUGUUAAACAUUGGAAUGUUUUUAGUGGUUAGCUUGUACACUGGUUUUGGAUUCUUCGGAUAUUUGAAAUAUGGAGAUACAGUAGAUGGCAGCAUAACGUUAAAUUUACCUCCUGAAGAUAUACUUGCGCAAUCCGUUAAAGUAAUGAUUGCUAUUGCCAUAUUCGUAACUUAUAGUUUACAGUUCUAUGUUCCGAUGGAAAUUAUUUGGAAAUCAGUUAAACAUAGGUUUACUUCGAAUCACGGUGCAUACGAAAACGGCCUUAGGGUUUUCUUGGUUAUUUGUACAGUUGUAAUUGCCGCAUUAGUGCCAGAAUUAGGACCCUUUAUAUCCUUAAUCGGAGCUGUGUGCUUAUCAAUGUUGGGAUUAAUUUUCCCAUCGAUCAUAGAACUUAUUACAUAUCAGGCUGAAUUGGGUAAAAUUUCAUAUUGGGUAAUUUUCAAGAAUAUUUCAAUCAUUUCUUUCGGAAUAUUGGGAUUUGUCACCGGAGCUUACACGAGUAUAGACGAAAUCAUACAAAAACACUUUGCCUCAGCAGCAGCAGCAACCCAGUGAUCUUCGCGUUAGUAUUAUUUAUACGAGUUUAAUCUGUAAAUGACAACAUCUAUAAAAACGUAUUUGCAUCAUGUUCACUAUAGUUUUCUAACAAUAUUUUUUUAUACGAAUUAUUUACAAAAAAUGAUAACAAGGAAUAAAAAAAUAUGAUUUCUUUUUUUAA